UCAAUUUUUGAAACUUCUAUUUUCAUAAUAUUCAGUUCCUCUUAUAAGAUUAACAAAUGCUUAUCGUUAAUUUUUCUUUAAACAUUUACCAAAUUAGAUGUUUCUAUUUUCCUUACGAUCAGUUCCUUUUGUAGUUUGUCAACCAGCGCAUGAGGUGCGUUCGCGUAUUUUUUUAUUAUUGCAAAUGCGAAUAAUAGUUGAAGAAUUGACAACAAAAUUUUUAAGUCAGUGAAUUUCGGUUCAAUUUUUAAUUAAUGAAUUUAAAAUUAAAUUAUUUUAAUAUUUGCCAAAUUAAUAAUUUACCCGAAAAUCGUAUCUUCAUAUUUAGAAUCACAAUUCGACGAAAGUUUCAAAAUAUAAUUAUUACAAAUUUAUAGUUCGUUUUCAUUUGUAAAUUAAUUAUUAGAAAAAAUUUUUCAAAAAUUACAAACAUGAGUCAAGAAAUGGAAAAUUUCAAAAAUGAAAAAGAAACCAUAAAUAACGAAAAAUCAUCAAAAUUGGACAGUAAUUUGACGAAAUGGAAGAAAAAUUGUGAAAAUUUCAAUAAUUUUAAUUCUAAGGAGGAAAAUGACAAAAAUAAAGAAGAAUUUAAAGAAAUUUCCAGUGAUUCAGACGAUAAUUUAGUCGAAAAUUUAAAUAGUGUUGCUGUCAAAAAGAAUUUAGUGGAUGAAUCGUUAAGAAAGAUCGAAAGAGAAUCAAAAGAAAAUUUAGAAGAAUCGCAAAAAAGAAAGUGGAAAUUGAGAAAAAAGAGAAUUUUCUCAAUAAUCGAUUCCUUUAUUGCAAAUAUUUUAAUUGGUCCCGUGUGUAUUGGAUUUUGGUGGAGUCUUUGGAAUUUAUUGAAUCGCCAAGAAGAAAGAUUUCCAGCAUGGGCAAAUUUUCUCAUUGGAGUAUUUCUACACAUCAGCUUUUCAGUUCUAAAACAUUUAUUUCAUUCAAUGUUUGCCGAAAAUAUUAAAACAAAAAAUAUUUUCUAUCGAAUUUUAUCACGUUUAUUUGGACGAAUUUACACCUAUUUCUUUGGAUUUGCUUGCGUAGCGCAUUGGCGAGGUUGUUGGUUUUAUUACGACUAUUUUUUUGGCCAAAAUUUAGGAUUUAUAAUAUUUUUCCUCGGAAUUUGUCUCAAAGAAUUGAUUACCUUGAAAUCGCUCUUUAAUUUAUUGGCGGUACCAUUUUUUAUUGUUCUUGACACACCAAAAUAUAGUUUCAAAUUCAACACUCGAUACAAAACGAGUCUGGGUCCUCUCUUUAAGGGAUAUAUUCAUUGGAUCUAAUAAAAAAAAUUGUACGAGCGCGCAAAGCGGGAAAGAAAAAAUUGUCGUGAACCAAGGUGAGAAGAUUGAUUCUGAAACCGAAGCUUGAUUGAGACACAAAAAGGUGCCGAUUAAUAACGUUUUCACUUUGGGUCGCGACAAAAGCUACUGUUAAAUUUGCACCGGCAGGAAACGCCACUCAGAAAAAAUCAUGUCUCAAGGUGGCACGUGGGGCAGUCAUCGAUGUGUUUAUUUUGUAUCAAAAAACAU